UCGAGUGACAGUGACGUAGCUCACAGGCGGCAAGAUGGCUACGGCUGCUUGGCUGCAUGGCCAGAGCCCGAACAGCGCGCGGCUCACCGAGGGCCUGGUGUCCGCCCUGAAGGAGGAGCGGCCCGAGUACCUGCCCGCGCUCCUCUCCAACUACCGGGAGCAUGGCGCGGUGGCGGCGCAGAACUCAGGGACAGUGGGCGGUCUGGUGGGCAUUAGCAACGCACGGCUUGGAACAAGCAAAACCAGGUUUGAGGGGCUGUGCCUGCUGUCCAUGCUGGUCAAGGACAGUUCAAGUGAGGUGUUCCAGCAGCACUGCCUAUCAUGGUUGCGCUCCCUACAGCAGAUCAUACAGUCCCAGGCCCCCCUGCCUUCUGUACAGCUUGCGGUGAGUGUGCUGCAGGACCUGCUGCAGUACUCGUCUCAGCUACCUGAGCUGGCCAGAGAGGUGGGCCUCAACUCCAUCUUGGGCAUCCUCACCUCCCUGCUGGGCCUCAAGUCUGAGUGCCAUCUAGCUGCCAUGGAGGGGAUGAUGACGUGUAUGACCUAUUACCCACAGGCCUGUGGAUCACUGAAGGAAAAGCUAGGGGUUUAUUUCCUUUCAAAGAUGGAUUCAGACAACCCUAAAGUUCAAGAAGUAGCUUCUGAAUGUUAUGGGCGGCUGCCUUGCCUGGGUGGUGUGCUUGAGCGCGGAGGAGGUGGGCGCAGGGCUGAAGGCUGGACCAAUCAAGUGCACUGUCUUCUGGCAUCAGCCAGUAGCAUUCUGUGUCAGUUGUACCAGGGCAUAGAAACAGAAGAGACUAUAGAGUAUGAUGGGCCAGGAUUAGAACUCCCCUUUCCUCCUCUGGAUGAUGUAGACCCUCUGUUGAUUCUCCAGCUUCGCCAGCGCUACAGAGCAGUGUGCCUGGCUCUUAAACAUACACUCAGUGUUGAUCCAGCCACGUCAGUCCGUCUUCCUAUUCAGCAUGUCCUCAACCUGGUGUGUCGAGCCCUGGCCGUUAGCACUAAAAGCAUCAAUGUUACAGGUGAAGGAUGCUUGAAGCUGUUGGUGUUGCCAUCGAUACACAGUGACUCUCUAGAACUGCUCUCAACUCUAAUCAAAGUUGUGGGUGGUGGACUGGUGCAGUAUUGUAGUGUGAUCACCAGGCUCUUCUCCCAGUCACUGUCUGCAUGGACACCCCUGCCAGAGGCCAGCCUUGGUCAACAAAGAGCGUACAGUGCUGUACGAGUGGCUAUAUACCACACGCUAGAACUGUGGGUUCGAGUGGGUGGAGCCUCUGCCUCAGUCCUACAGGGAAGUACCUCCCACUCAGAGGUGCUCUUCGCUCAUCUCUUGGGCGACAUUACACCGGGAUCGGAGGCUGUCAAACUUCGAGCAGGUCAGACUUCCCUCUCAGAUCUUGUGGGUGCAGCUGGUAAGGCAGGGCCACGUCGGACGAAGGGCUUGACCAUUGGAGAUCCAGGAGGAGUCUCACUGCAAAGGAAGGGUGAUGCCUUAGCCAAUCAGGACACAUGCUUAGCUGCACUUCGAGCCCUCAGGCAGAUCAUUUUAACUUGUGGCACUCUCCUGAAAGAGGACCAACAUAAGAGGCUACAGGAUCUGGUGGUGCCACUGUGUGUGCGGCUACAGCAGCAGGCUCAGUGCGGUUCAGAGGUUGGCGUUGCUAGUGGUCAAUAUGGUAGUGCUGCUCCUCGCCGGGAGCUCUACCGACUUCUGCUGGCCCUAGUGCUGGUCCCCUCACCACGCUGGCCUCCUCCACUUUCUUGCGCUGUGUCUGUGUUCAGCCUGGGCCGACGAGACCGCAAUGUGAUGGUUUCCUCAUUUUGCACUGAGGCCUUGACCAUAUGCAACACUCUUCUACAUCCACGUACCCCCUCCAUUGCCCUCCCUCUGCCACCUCUUACUCUAAAACCCAUCCCAGCGGCACCUGUACUUGGCCCUACACAGAACCCUUCACUCUCCCUACCUACCCUACUGGGGGGGCCUGCGCCAGGGCCUUCUUUUACUUCCAGACAUCCCCUGGGCUUAGGCCCUGCUGCCCUGCUUGGGUCCUUGGACAACCAUCUCCCCCUGGCUCCUCCUGUUCUUCCCACCACAGCAGGUGCCACCGGAACCCAAGGAGACCUGCUUCUCUCUCCAGCGCAACCAGCAGAACUUGCAGGCCUAGGGGCCCCUGAAGGACAACGGCAAGUAUUUGUUCGCUAUGACAAAGAGGAGCCCGAAGAUGUGGAGAUCUCUCUAGAGAGCGAUUCUGAUGAUAGUGUGGUCAUCAUGCCCCAAGGAAUGAUGCUGGAGAUGCAGGAAGGAGUCGCUAAUGCACAGAACCUCCCUCCACCCCCAGGAGGUGCCUUAACCACGGGCGCUGAAGCGGGCACAGUAGACACCUCCCUCCCUAAUGAGCUUUCCACACCUCUUUCCCACCAGAUACUGCCAACAGAUGCCAACAUCAUCAACUCCUUCCCUGGUCCUGGACAGACAGACCAGCUGGUCUCCUUGGCGCCUCCUCUGAACUCCACUGGCGUAUCACUUACCCCAUCCCCCGGGGGCCUUGGCAACUCACUGCCCGCCGGUCCUCAGCUCCAGCAGAUGUUGAUGCAGCCGUCUCCAGGUGGUCAGCCAGCUCAGCUUGGCCUUUCCUUGCACUCGCAGCUCCAGAGCCAGCUGGCCCAGACUAGCCGCCAGCUUCAGCAGCCUACCGCCGCUGAGAAGGACCAGAAUGUCAUAAACAUCAACAGCUCUGAUGACGAAGAGGAGGAGUAUGAAGAAAUGGAGGACGAAGAUGAGCUGGAAGAAGACGAGGAAGAUGAGGAAGACGAAGACGAUUAUCCUGAUGAUGAAGAAUAUCAAGGGGAAGAAGACGAGGAGCUUGAAGAGGAAGAGGGAGAGGAGAUAGAUGAAGAGGAUGAGGAAGAGGACGAAGAGGACAUCCAGGCACUGGAGGGGGAGAACCGAGGAGGAUUGAUGGGAGGAGAGGAGGGUGAGGUGAUGAUUGAAGAGCAGGAGGAACGAAGGAUUAACGCCUUCCAAAUGGAGCAGGAAGCGCAGGUCGAAGCAGGAAUCGAAGAAAUGGAAGGAGUCCGAAGUGUCUACGGCGAGGAGGGCUUGAAAGAUAAAGUGGCCGUGGAAGAGAUUGAGAACAUCGGUGCCGUAGAAAGGAACGAAAGCGAGCCUGCAGAGGCGCCACUAGAGACUCACGUGAUUGUUGAAGAAGCAGAAGAGCCGGAAGAAAAUGCUUCAGCAGCAGAACCUCAACAGGAAGCAAGGACAUGGGAGCAGGAAGGGACCGGACAAGAGCCAGAACCAGCGGUUCCAGAGGCUUCUGCAGAACCUCAGGAGAAUCAGGAGGUGACUGCAGAGGUCGGAGUUAGUGAGCAAAGCACAGAGGCCGAACAAGAAGUUACGCCCAAUGAAAAUACAGCAUCUACAUCAGAAGAGGUUCCACCACAGCAAGUAGAGGAGGCUGCAGAGAAGGAGAAGGAUGCAGGACAACCAGUAGAGGAAGAGAAGCAGCAGCAGCAGCAACAGGAUGAGAAAGUGGAGGAGAAGAAAGAAGAGGAAGAAGAGGAGAAGGAAGCACGAGGGACAAAGAGGAAAAUAGAAGAUCGUGAAGGAGAGGAGCCUGAGCAGGGCACUGAAAAGAAAAAGGUUGAUGAUGAGGCAAUGGCCUCAAUGCUGGCUGACUUUGUAGAUUGCCCUCCCGAUGAUGAGGAUCAUGGUGCCUCACAGUCACGUUCCUAGACCACCUCCAGGACCCCGGACAUUGUUGUUCACUUGGACACUUGCAAGUCUUUCCUUAAAAGCAUCAGAUUCCUAAAGCUCUUUCAUUGAUGUUUCCGUACAGCUGUAACCGAUUAAAACUAUACUUGAACUACUUUGGUUUAUUUAAAGUCUCAUAAACGGUUUGUAUUGUUUUUUUUGUUUUUUUUCUUGUGAUGUCAUUUAAGAUUUACUCUUCUGUGAUGUCAUGAGUGAAUUUCAAACUUAACCGGUGGAACCUUUUAAUGAUCCAGCGAAUGGGCUGAGGGGUUGGCCCAGUUGUGACAUUGCUUCAUGAAGAUGUUACCCUACAUUACCUGGAAUUUUGGCCUGUGAAAGGGAAGAUGGAUGCUGGUCGUUUGCUGCAUUCAGAACAUUUCUGCUCCCGGGUCGCAUGCCUUCACUUCAGCUUGCUUGCAUAACCUUCUGCUUGGAUUCCUUUCCUGCCCUCUGACUGUAAACUAAAUAACUUGGUAACCUACAUCAAGAGGAUAUGAUGGUUAUUGUAUUGAUUUUGGGCUUUUUCAUACUUCAUUUUUUGUACUACCAUUUGUUUUACAUUUGUGCUUGUUUUUUUGUUGAGUGGUUGCAAAAGGUAAUUAAAAAAUAGAAAAAAUA